GCAGAGAGAGAUGAAGAAGGCGAAGACAGUGGUAAUGGGAGUGAAGGAUCGUUACAGUGAAUGGAAGUCAAUGGUGGGAGUGUUGUACGACUGGCUGGCUAACCACAACCUGGUCUGGCCUUCACUCUCUUGCCGGUGGGGCCCUCUCCUCGAACAAGCCACCUACAAGAACCGCCAUCGUCUCUAUCUCUCUGAACAGACUGAUGGCAGUGUUCCCAACACUCUUGUUGUAGCUAAUGUCGAAGUUGUUAAACCUAGGGUUGCCGCCGCUGAACAUAUCUCUCAGUUUAAUGAAGAAUCGCGCUCUCCAUUUGUCAAGAAGUAUAAAACUAUCAUACACCCUGGCGAGGUGAAUAGAAUCAGGGAGCUCCGGCAAAAUAGUAAGAUUGUUGCCACUCAUACUGAUAGUCCUGAAGUGUUUAUUUGGGAUCUUGAAACUCAGCCCAACCGCCAAGCUCUUCUGGGUGCUCCCACUUCCCGUCCAGAUCUGGUAUUAACUGGGCAUGAUGAUAAUGCUGAAUAUGCUCUUGCUAUGUGUCCAACUGAGCCCUUUGUUCUUUCGGGAGGGAAGGACAAGUAUGUGGUCCUAUGGAGUAUUCAGGAUCAUAUUGCAAGUUUAGCAGCUGAAUCAGGUUCCAAUGUUAAACAUUCUAAGAGUAGUCAGAAAGCUACAGAAAGUCCUUCUGUUGGACCACGUGGCAUCUUCCACGGUCAUACUAACACUGUUGAAGAUGUGCAAUUUUGCCCAUCAAGUGCACUGGAGUUCUGUAGUGUUGGUGAUGAUUCCUGCCUCAUAUUUUGGGAUGCACGAGUUGGAUCAGUUCCAGCUGCCAAGGUCAACAAGGCACAUGAUGGAGAUAUUCAUUGUGUUGAUUGGAAUCCUCAUGAUAUAAAUUUCAUUCUGACUGGUUCUGCUGACAACACAGUCAAAAUGUUCGAUCGCCGGAAGCUUAACAGUGAGGGAGUUGGGUCUCCUGUAUAUAAAUUUGAAGGUCAUGAGGCAGCUAUCCUCUGUGUACAGUGGUGUCCUGACAAGUCCUCUGUGUUUGGAAGCUCUGCUGAGGAUGGCUUUCUAAACAUUUGGGACCAUGAGAAGACAUCAGGUCCAUAUCGAGCAAGUGCUCCAUCAGGUUUAUUUUUUCGGCAUGCUGGCCAUAGGGACAAGGUCGUUGACUUCCACUGGAAUGCAUUUGACCCAUGGACAAUUGUUAGUGUCUCAGAUGAUUGUGAAUGUACUAGCGGUGGUGGUACCUUACAGGUAUGGCGAAUGAUUGAUCUGAUUUAUCGGCCAGAGAAGGAGGUGUUGGCUGAGCUAGAUACAUACAGAACCCAGAUUUUAGGAAGUACCCCUUAAAUCCUUGAUUUCUUUGUAUGUCGGUCACGAUCUAGUGUAGAAUUUAUUCUGUCUUCGGUUACGAGAAGAAUGAAGUAACAAUGUAAAAUUUGAUUUACUGCAGCAUCCUUCAUUUUAGGAAAACUUGUAACAA